AUGCGAUGGCGUGUGAAGCUGCGGCGGAGGCUUCUGGGAGGCAUUGGCGGGUCAGGCUCGUCGUCGCAGUCCUGCAUCGAUGAGUUCUCGUUCGAGAGCUUCUCUCCCGCGUCAGUAGCUGCCGCGAACAAUGGACGACCGCCGCCGGUCGGCGUUCGCAAGCGAACCGGCUUCAUGAGCGUGCUGGAUCUGAGCCAAGCUGGGCUAGACUCAGUGGGUAAAAAGCCUGCUGCGCAGCCACAGAAGCGCGUUUCUGCGCCCGGAGAGUUCAAGCCGCCUAUUCCGAAGCCGGCGCCGAAACUACCUCCGCCGAAGCUUCCACCGCCAUUGUCUGAAGCUGGCGUAAGAAACGGCGCGAAGCCGAAAAAUCCUGCUCCGUUGCCCGCACGCAAGAAAGCGGUUGUACCUCCAUUUUCAGUGCAUUUUUCACGCCGUUAUCCCGGUGCGGCAGCUGAAGCACCUGCUCAGAAGCAAUACGUGCGCAAGCCAAGUGAUAAACCGGGCCCCUCUGGAGCAUUCGGCAGCCGAAAAUCAGAACCUCCAGGAAAUCAGGCAGCCGACGACGCUCACAAAGACACGCCGGAUGCCCACCCAGCUCAUUCCAAACCGCAUUUGGAUUUCUCGGAAACGUGA